CUUCGUUGAUUAGUUGGCUCCUACAUUAGUAUAUAACUAGGGCUUCUUUGGUCGUAUCAUUUACAUGCUCAUAUAGUAGUAGUUUCUGAUGAUAACGUUAUGAUGAUGGGAGUGAUACUUCUUAUAUAGGGGUUUUUCACUCUAAUUGUUCAGUCUAUGGUUGUCUUCGUUGAAGAAGCCUAUUCAGCUAUUGCUUGUUGCGCGACCGAACGCAAAUUUCCAAUUGUUUUGAUAUCAUAUGCCCUUCUUACAAUGAACAGAUUAUAACGGCCAAGCAAUUGUAGAUGACAGUAAAAUCUUUGACUUCUGAAGACAUCAAGGCUCAAUUUAAUCAAGUGCAGACCUUGUGGUUGCAGGAGCAACCUAUUGCUCUAGGCUACUAGACAAAGCCCAUCGAUCGAUUAAUGCAGCAUGUGCGGGGAUCAUGGCGUGCGCAAGAACCCCGCAUGCCACCGCCGUCGAUCCAUCUCUAUCCUUCAUUCUUCCAAUUCCCAUGAUAGUUCAUUUUGGUAUUCCAACAUCAAAAGCCGUCCAGUCAUGUCGUCACAAAAGGUCUAUCUCGACCACUUGCUUCUCCAAUUCAGCAAGACCGAGUUCGAGUCGCCUUCGAAAUGGUUGACUGAUCACUUUACUAUCAUUGAGGGCGGUACUCAUGCGGGUGGUCUGAGUCGCAACAAAUUAAUCAUCUUCCCCGACGGCACUUAUCUGGAACUCCUAAACUGGAUCAACAAACCAGAAGAUUGGAGAGACCGACCGGGCGAUUUUGCGCUUACAUCUUUAGCACCAGUCUCGGCCGAAGAUAACCAUGACCGUAUAGUCAAAGCGCUGAAUACCAUCGCUGAUGAUAGCCUGGGGGUGACGUACUCACAGCCGAUCGAUGGAGGACGUCAGACGCCCAGUGGGGUUGAGAUUCGUUGGAAACUACUAAAGGCACUUUAUUCCGAUACAAAGUCAACUACGCCAGAUCUUCAUCCCAGAGGCCGCACAGAUGCACCCUUCUUCUGCCAUGAUGUCACGGACAGGGUUCUUCGCGUCCCGUAUGAUCAGUCUUCUAUCGUUGAUCACCCAUCAGGCGCGACGGGGAUUGCGGGCAUCGAGCUGCUCGUGCCUAAAGAUAAGCUGCAAUCCUAUGUGGCCCUUUAUACGUGCAUAGUGGGAGCAUCCCCGCGCUUGUCCACUACCGAAGCGGAGUUCGAGCUCAGAGCGCCGGGUUCCCUAGAUUUCUCCGGGGUUCUUCGCAUUCGGGCUGCAACGUCGGAGAAUGAUGAUCAAUAUCUGCGGGAGAAAGGGAUUGGCAUCUCAUCUCUGAUCAUCCGAUCGAAAGCUAUCGGGGAUUUUCUCUUUCCUGUAUCAGAUUAUCUGCAUUGAGGCGCUCGUGCUAAUCCGUGUAUGUACCAAUGCAACUUGGAACUUGAAUCUUCGAUAAGGAACUAGUCAAAGAGAGGAAAUGAUCAAUCAACAUCAGUGUACUGCAGUCGCAGAUCUCAGUCCAUUGAGAGAAAUCAUGAUGUUAUGCGCAUGCUCUGUAGCCUAUGAUUGCGUACAAGGUUCUAGCAGGCCAUAAGUAGGCUUGAAGAUGCUCUCUAGACA